AUGCGACAAGAACAAAAGCAAGAUGCGUUGAUACCAAUUUUCUUCUCCCUUUUUCCGCUUUUUCUUCUUCUUCUUAGCUUCUUCUUUUCUCCGUUUCUUCUUCUUCCUUUCCUUCUUCUUCCCGCUUCUUUUCGUUUCUCCUUCCUCUUCCGCUUCUUUUUCUUCCUUCCGUUUUUCUUCUUGCUUCUUCUUCUUCCCAUUUUUUCUUCUACUUCUUCUUUCCGUUUCUUCUUCUUCUUCUCCUACUUCUUCUUUCCGCUUUUUUUCUUCCUUCCGUUUCUUCUUCCCGAUUCUUCUUCUUGUUCUUCUUCUCUAUUGCUUCUUCUUCUUCUUCUCUAUUUCUUCUUCUUCUCUACUUCUUCUUCUUCUUCUUCUUCUUCUUCUCUAUUCCUUCUUCUUCUCUAUUCUUCUUUCUUCUUCUUUCCUUCUUUUUCUAUUGCUUCUUCUUCUUCUUAUUAUUCUUCUUCUUUUCUUCUUCUUCUUCUAUUCUUCUUCUUCUAUUGCUUCUUCUUCUUCUUCUCUAUUUCUUCUUCUUCUCUAUUGCUUCUUCUUCUUCUUCUUCUUCUUCUCUAUUCCUUCUUCUUCUCUAUUGCCUUCUUCUUCUUCUCUAUUCCUUCUUCUUCUCUAUUGCUUCUUCUUCUUCUUCUUCUUCUCUUAUUCAGUUUCUUCUCUAUUGCUUCUUCUUCUUCUUCUUCUUCUCUAUUGCUUCUUCUCUAUUCCUUCUUCUUCUUCUUCUUCUCUAUUCCUUCUUCUCUAUUCCUUCUUCUUCUUCUUCUUCUCUAUUCCUUCUUCUCUAUUCCUUCUUCUUCUUCUUCUUCUUCUUCUCUAUUGCUUCUUCUUCUUCCCUUUCUGCUUAUUCUUCUUCUCCCAUUUUUGUUUUUUCUUGUUCUUCUUCGUUUUUUUCUUUCUUUUCUUUUUCUUCAUUCUGCUUCUUCUUCUCUUUCUCGUCUUCUCUUUCUCUUCUUUCUUCUUCUCUUUCUCUUCUUUCUCCUUCUUCUUCUUUCUCUUCUUUCUUCUUUCUUUUUCUCUUUCUGA